AUGCAGCAAGGUUUCACAGCGCUCUACGGAUCUACUACUGACGAGCAACAACAAUAAUAUCUCGCGCUACCUUAACAUUGAACGUGGUACACAUCACCAAACAAUUUCAACCAUCACGUCCCAUUGUCACCACGAUUUACGCAUAUAAAGCAGCCGAAAGUGCCGGCAGUGGGAGGUACUCCCGAAUCGACCAAAUAACUUGAUGCCUGUACCAGAAGCUAGCGCAACCUACCCUGAUCGUAGACACCCCGACGCACUGUUGCUUCAGUUGGCGAUUGAACUGCUUUCGAUUGGUAUGACGCUCCAGUGCUAAAAGGUGCUACCGAUUGUUUCGAAAAGUGUGUACAGAUUAGAAAGUGUGAGCAUAAUCCCAACCAUGACUUCAGGAUGCAUCGGCAUAACGGUGGUAAUUGUUAUAUCAAUGUUCUCGCUUACAACGAGUAAACCAUUCCUUGGAGAUCUGCUGGCACGUGCGAUAUCUUCAUCUUCUACGCCCGAUGAUCCACAGUCACACAUCACCGAUUUUCGCAUGAUGACGAAGAUGGACAAAAGGGCCGAUAAAUUGCAGCUGAUUGAUUCAAAGCACAACCAUACAUCUAACGGACUAAACGAAACUAGUGAAGAAGAGCUCAGCACCGAAAUAUCGACUCCUGCUUUGCCAGCCAGCACUCUGUGGCAGCGGUGGAACAGAACCGACUUUUUGGCCCGUAUCAUAGACGACAUUCUGAAGCCGGCCCACGAACGAAUCACCCUUGUGUUUCAAACGCUAGUUCCCAAAGAUGGUGCUGCAGAUGCGCUAAAGGUGAAACAAGUUUCAACUGAAGAACGAUUAAACUCUACCAAGGAUGAUGCAUCCGAUGAACUCGGCGCAGACCUUGAGCCUCUUGAGCAGCAUGAAAGUGAACCGGCUUUGUUCGGCCCAGCCAUCAUGAACGAAACCACCCUGUUGGGACAGUUUCAGGCACGCAGAAACGUCAUCAGGCGCCGUGUAGCUAAAGCACUAUCGUCCAUUACGGGACUAUUGAUACUGGCGGCGAACACGCGCCGAGAAGGCAAUGCACGCAGUACACGAUCGAUAAAAGCGUCCCCCGAUGAGGAUGUCUUCUGGGCAGGUGAGCAACACGGACCGGUAGCUCUCCCGUACAGCGAACGCAUUCUAGAUGACGAUCAAAACGAAUCCGGACCUCGACGAAACGCAGAAUCGGUCGCCAUAUUUCUACUGGAAGUGUUCGGAUCGAUGGCAGGAUUUUCCUGGGGCAUAUUUAAACAGGUUCAAUCUUUCUUUUGGUAUGCAGUAAGCUAAAACGCGGCUGCUGCAUUUCGAGUAUGAUUAUAAAUUGUGUAAAUACAUAUAUUACUUGCGCUUUUAAA